ACUGGCUGUUCCCAGGCAGCUGGAGGCGGAGCCAUGAUCAAUCUGUUUGCCCUGGAUUCCACCUGAGGCUGUUCAGAGUGAAUGGCAGCAAGACGAAAGAAACAUGUUCACCUUCAAAGUCGGAAAGCCAAACAUCAGGAAACAGUCAAACAUCAUCAAAUGGUUCCUUCAGGCACUGACGCUCUUCAUCCUCCUGUUGGUUAUCAUCUUCAUCGUCCUGCAGUUCUACAGUGACCCAAUCAAAGAUAUAACAAAAAGUUUGUCCAUCUCCAGUCGGACCUUCAGGACGAGCUCCCAAUCUGCAGAAGGACCAUGUCUCAGGAAGAAAGUCUGUCCGACCAAUCGCCUGAGUUUCUUCAUCCAGAGCGGAGCUGCAAACGUUGUUCCUCCAAAGAUCUGCGUCAACAAUGAGCUGGUUUUAGGAGCGGUUCUGAACAACGCUGGCAGUGGAAUAAACAUUGUGGUGGUAAACGGUAAAACCGGAGAGAUCCUAAAGACGGAUUUCUUCAACAUGUACAGCGGCAAGGUGGAACCUCUCAUCGAGUUCCUGAAGAACAUUGAGACGGGUUCUAUGGUUCUGAUGGCCGUCUAUGAUGAGGGAUCCAGGAACUUAAAUGAUGAGGCCAAGAAGCUGAUUGCUGAUCUGGGAAGCUCCAUGAUCCAGACUCUGGGAUACAGGGAUAACUGGGUGUUUGCUGGUGGGAAAGGGUCAACGGGAAAGGGCACCUUUGAGAAGAAAGCAAAGAACGACAAAUCCACAAACACAUACGAGGAAUGGCCUGAGAUGGUCGAGGUGGAGGGCUGCAUUCCCACAUACAUUGAAUGAUCCCCCGCUUUGACCUGGUUCCUGCCAACGGUAGUGAGAGGGCAGAAAGCUGGAGGAACCGGAUGGGAUCUUUAAGACUUUCUUUGGGAUGAGGUGAACAACUGAUCUGCUGGGCCUUGGUUUUCCUGCAUCUUUUUUUGGAUCCAUUGGAUCCUCCAAAUGUGACUUUAGAGAGAAGCCUGCUGCCGUGAUACAGGGAGGAAAUAAAAUGAUACAGUUUAAAUUCAAAUGAUCCGGUCAACUUUGGAAGGAAAAAUGCAUCUGUAAUCGGGGGAAACAAAAAAAAUAUCCCAGAAUCUCGGCCGCUGAUUCGGGAUGCUAAACCAUCUGUAAUAAUCCUACUGCUGUAGUUUAAUUUUUCUUGCCUCUUCGAUUCAACAUCAUCAGAAAACUCCAACCUUCUUGAUCCAGUUACAGGUUCAGCCUUACCUGCAGGAGGUUCUGAAGACAACUUCCCCAUCAUAGCUUCCAGACUUCUGCUCUGAACGCAGUUUUUAUUCCUUUUAAUAAUUUAAAAUUUAGACGUUUUUUAUUAUUCAGAAAAUACAUUUUUGGAGAGGAGAUUUAAUGGAUUUUGUUACCAGUUAGAAAAAACUGUAGCAUUAUGUUGCAGUUAACUUUAUGUAACAUGAUGUGGAAAAAACUGUAUCAUUCUAAAUAUUUCUAAUAAACUCAAAAACUAA